AUGGCUUCCUUGUACCAGAGAUUCGGCGGGAAGAUCAACACCUCCAGAUCCUUCCCGGUGACUCCCGAGGCGAGUCACCUGCUGGGUCCCCAAUGCGCCGAAGAGGACAGUUCCGCGGCGGCGGCGGCGGCGGCGGCCAACGCAGCCGGCGGAGAAGGGAAAGCGUCGCGUCCAUUGCAACAAGACAACCCCCGACCCCGCUUCCAAUACCAAGCGAGGAGGAGUGACUGCGAGGAAGAAGAUGUAAGCCAGCCCCUGCCUACCUGGGUUGGGUGGCGCUCGGUGGAUGCGGGUUCGGGGUUGCUGCUGCUGCUGCUGCUCCCCAUCCUUUUCCUUUUUUGGAAUGGUGUCCUAUUUUCCUUUUGUCUGGGUCGCGUUGUGAUGCCUGCUCCCCCCCCCCAACCCGGCUGUUUUGUUUUGGCUCAUCCCCUCCAUAUGGGAUUCUAGCCACGGAGGUGAUGUGCGCGCAGCCUCUGGGGCUGCCCGAGUGGCCGUGCGCGGGGGGCGCGUUCCAGCACCUGCCACAAGUAG